AUGAAGAUGGAAAAUGAACCGUUCAACCCUUUAUCCUUGUUAGACAAAAACCAACCCUUUGAUGCAGAGAAAUUAAAGUUGUUAGAUAAUGUUGUUGAAGCACUCUUAGAUACGAAAGAUAAGAAUAGAAGAGACUUUGCUCAGAAUUUGUUGAAUCAGUUUAAAAUGUUAGAUAAUUCUUGGAGGUCUGUGUCUAUUAUAUUAGAGCAUAGUGAAAAUGUGAAUACCAAGUUUUAUGGGUUACAAAUAUUAGAAGAUUGUAUAAACAAUAAAUGGAACAUAUUACCAGGUGAAGAAAGAGAAGGAAUGAAAAAUUUCAUAGCUUGUUUUACGAUAACGUUAUCAACAGAAGGAACAACUGUUGGAGUAGACAGACAUUUAUUAAAUAAAUUAGAUGAAACAUUAAUUCAAAUUGUGAAAAAAGAAUGGCCUGAUUCUUGGUCUAGUUUUAUACCAGAUAUAGUAAAUUCAGCAAAAUUAAAUCAAAAUGUGUGUGAAAAUAAUAUGAAAUUAUUGAAUAUGUUAAGUGAAGAAGUCUUUGAAUUUGGUAAUGAAACGUUAGUUAAAAAGAAGAAAGAAAAAUUAAGAAAUGAAUAUGCUAGUCAAUUUCAAGAAGUAUAUAAUUUAUGUUUAUAUAUUUUAGAAGCAAAUGUAUGUAAUAAAAGAAGUACAAAUACUUCUUUAAUUAAACAAACUUUAAAUUGUUUGUCCAAUUUUUUUAAAUGGAUCCCUUUAACGUAUAUAUUUGAUAAAUAUAAAUUUAAUGAUAAUAAUAUACAAAUAAUAGAUCUCCUAUUUGAUCAUUUUUGGGAUGAUAUAUCUUACAAAAUAGAAUGUGUUAAGUGUAUACAAGAAAUAGUUAUGUUAAAAAUUGAUGAAAAGAAUAUUAUAUAUUUUGAUAAUGUGUUUAUAAAUCUAUGGUCCAAAUUAGUAAGCAAAAUUAAAUUAUUGCCAAAUGCUAACGAAAUGAAAAAUAUUCCACCUGAAUUGAAAAUUUUUUGGGAGCAAUAUUUUUUACAGUUAAGUAUUUGUAUUACUAGUUUUUUAAGAAAUUAUAGAGAGAAAAUUGUGGAAAAAAAUAAUAAUACAAAUGAUGUUAAUAUUGUUUUUAAAUUUUUAAAUAUGUUAGCUAAUAGUAGCAUGGAGGAAGUAUUUUUAAUUAUUAUAGAUUAUUAUAACAUUUUUACAGAACAGUUGAUUAGAGAAUUAAUAGCACGAUUAGAACAAGAGCACAAUUUGAAAAAUAAAAAUGGUUCAAACCCUUCUAGUGAGUUAAAAAACUCUUUAGGAAUAUCAUCAAUGAAUAUGUCAAUGAAUCUAGAAACCUCUUCCUUAAGUAAUAGAAAAGCAUACAGUUUUGCAACUAUGAAUAAUGAUACAAGUGUAAGCGGAAGUAGUAGCGUUAAUGCAGUAAUUAAUAUAAACGAGUACUCAUCCAUUUUAGACAAAAUAGAUUUGACACCAACAGAUAUUAAGAAAAUGUGCCCUAGGAUUAAACUCUACGAAUUUAUUUUAAACGAUAUAAGAAAAACAGUUAUAGAAAAAAUGGCAAAACCCCAGGAGAUUUAUAUUUCGUAUGAUAACGAAACGGGUGAAGUGGUUAGAGAUUUUGAACCGGAUACGACAGAAAUAUCGUUGUAUAAUACUAUGAAAACAACUUUAGUAUAUUUAACCUACUUAGGUUCGGAAAAAACGAUGGAAUUAAUUGUAGAAUUGUUAAAUAAAGAAUCAGAGAAAUCAUUAAAAAAUACGAACAAAAAUGAAGUUUGGAAUAGUACAAAAACUAACAGAAUCAGUUAUGCUGUUGGAUCUAUAUCUAUGUGUAUGACUCUUAAGAAGGAACAAGAUUUCCUAAUGUACAUUUUAAGAAUAUAUUUACACAUGAUUGAAGUCAAAAAUGGAGAAGAAAAUAGAGCUAUUUUAGCUUCUUGUGUAAUGUAUAUUGUAAGCCAAUAUCAUAGAUUUUUAAAACUUCAUUGGAGAUUUUUAAAAACAGUUAUGAAAAAAUUAUUUGAAUUUGCAGAAAAUGAAAAGGUACAGGACAUGGCGGCAGAGACCAUUUUAAAAAUUUGUAAACAAUGUAAAAAUGUUAUAGCUAAAAAUAAUCAUUCUAAUGAUAAUAAUGAAUCUUUCUUUAGUACGUUUAUUAAAUUUCAUAAUAAUAUAAUGCAUAAAUUACCUGAAAAAUUAAAUUUGUUAUUGUAUGAAGCUAUUGCUCAUGUUAUCUCUUGUUUUCCUUAUGAAGAAAAGCAGGAGAGUAUCAAAAUAUUGAUGAGCAAAUUAAUGAAUUUAUGGAAUUCCUUAAUUUAUGCUAAUAACGGGAUUAAAGAUAUGAACAAUCCAAAUGCGUUAAAUAAUAGCACAUCUAAUGGUAACACUAUGGAUGAUAUGAAAAAUUUAGAACAUUUAUGUACGUAUGAAAAUUCUAAGUUAAUUAUUACUUUUGUAAGAGUGAACUGUAGAUUGGCUUAUGCCUUGUCCUAUUUCUACUAUGAACAGCUAAAUUUAGUAUUUUUAGAUUUUUUAAAAAUCUACCAGUUAUAUAGCAAGUUUAUAAAUUUAGAAGUAGAAACAAAUGGAACCAAACGAAUUAAGCAUGCACAAUUCAGAAAUUUAUUUUUAAUGAAAAGAGAAUUUUUACAUUUAAUUGAAACAACCAUAGAAAGAAGUUGUUAUAAUAUACAAGAAUUAGAAGCAGAUUUAUUAAAAAGAGAACAGAAAAAAAUGAGAAACGAAAUUGAUGAAUCAAUGGAUAUUCCUCUUCCAACAGUUGAAGAAGCGAAACAAAUUAAUUUUCAGAUGACAAGCAAUAUUUUAAAUGUUUUAUUAGAGACUAUAUUGGUUGAUUAUCGAGAUAGUAACCCACAUAUAAAGGAUGCAGAAGUAUUUUCCUUACUUUCAACAGUAUUUAAGAAAAUUGAAAAUGUUACUUGUCCUAUUUUACCUACCGUUUUGAAUUACGUGUUAUUACCUACUAUAGAUAUGAUAAAAAACGACUUUUCAUCAUACCCGGAACAUAGAGAGAAAUUUUAUAAUUUUUUGGAUGCAUGUGUUAGACACUGUUUUGAUUAUUUAUUUACUCUAGACUCUGAAAUAUUUAACACCUUCAUUCAAUCCCUUUUAUGGGCUAUUAAGCAUGAACAUCCAUCAGUUGCAGAUCAUGGUUUAAGAAUAACUCAUCAGUUUCUUCAUAAUAUUAUUAUAAAAAAAAAGGAAUACUUAGAAGAGUUUUGUAAAGCUUUUUAUUAUAUCAUACUAAAUGAAGUUUUUAAAACAUUAACAGACUCUUUUCAUAAAUCUGGUUUUCACUAUCAAACAAUUAUUCUGAUGAACAUGCUGAGGCUGCUUGAGUUUGAGGUAGUAAAUAUUCCACAAGUAGAAAUAACAAAACCGCAUAUAAUAAAACACGUGCAAACCUUUUUAACACAGUCCUUUGAAAAUUUAAACCAGAAGCAAAUUGAAACAUUUUCAGUGGACUUAUUUAAUUUUUGUGUUGAAUCUCCUUCAGCCUUUAGGUCAUUUGUUAGGGACUUAUUAAUAUCACUUAAGGAAUUUUCCACGAAUCAAGACGAACUUUACGAAGCCGAUAGGCAGGAAGCAUUACAAAGAGCCAAAUUAGCAGAAGAUAACAAACUCAUAAAGCUCAGAGGAUUAAUGAAAGAAGAUGUACCAAGCUUUUCGGCUAUUGACGUUGAUGAUGAAUAUAUAAAUGUAGAAUAA